AUGGACCGGCGGGUGUCUUUGACGGUAGGCAGCUGUGGGGGCGACGGUUUUUUGGACGUUGGACAGGACGGAGGAGGAGCGUUCACGCUGCUGGCAAUGGCCGGGGAUUUCGUCAUUACCCUGUGGACGUUUAGCAGCGAGACCAAACGUACAGGAGAAGAGCAGGGUGAAGAGGAGGAGGGAGGUCGAUCGCUGGGCCUGGUCCGCGAGCGGCCUGCCUGGGCCGGGGACCUGCGGAGCAUGGGGACGAGAGGCGGUGAUGGCAACGUCCGAGCUCUCGCGUGGUGCCACGAAAGCGUCUCGGCUUCGCCGUCAGGUGGCUACGACAACGUCACCGCCGCGUCUUCCUCCCCUCCCCGCCCUACCCGGGACUUCUUGGCCAUCGGGAUGUCCGCCGGCACCGUUCUGGUGCUCGCGGUGGACAUCGGCACCGACGCCGACGCCAUGGCAGCGGCAGCGGUGGAAUCACCGGCUAGUCUUGCGCAUGUCGAUGCCGGCGGCGGGGGCAGCUCGGCGCCUGCCCGCGUCAGAAGCGGAGGGAUAACGGCGGCGGUAACAGCGGUGCCGUUGCGACGGGUGUGUGUGUCGGACGGGUCCCCCGUAACUUUCUUGGCUUUCGUCGUGCCGAGGAGUGGUAGGUGGGGCGCGGGAUCAUCGGAGCAGGGAGACAGCGGCGAUUCACCGCCUUCUUCGCCCCGGGCAGCGCUCGCUGUAUCGAAAGGCGCGAUGGUAUCGCUCUUCCCGCUCGUGACCGCCACGGCUAGCAACAUCCUCGACCAACAGGACAAUCAACUCCCGGCGACGGGACCAACAGCUACGGCACGGGCGACAGCAGGGACAACAACAGCAGAAGGUUUAGCGGCAUCGGGGCCGGCACGAGAGGCUACCCCUUCCCCCACCCGACGUUUCGCUGCGACCCCGGACGGGCGUCAGCCGGCGGCCGUUGCGUGGCGGGCCCACGACCACAACGUGACGGGAAUCUCGACGGUCCCGUUCGCGGCCCCGGUGUCAAACACCGCGUCGACCCCCUCCCUCGCCGGUACUAGCCCUUCCUCCUCCGCAACGGCCCCGUCCGGGCAGGCUGCUCCUACUACAGCGGUGGGAAACGGAAAACAUCGUCAAGGCGGCGAGGGAGGCGGCGGCGGAAGUUCCGCUAGCGAUGUCGCCACCUCCGUUGGCGAUGCCGGUGCCGGGAGGGAUGGUUCCAGCCGGGGGGGGGGCGCGGAACGCGCGCGGGUGGUUGGAAAGCGGCGCCGACGAGAAGAAGGGGACGCUGGCGGAGGCUGUAGGAGGAGCGGCGGUCGUGCGACGGCGGUGAUGUACACGUGCUCGAUGGACGGGUCCUGCAGGGAGUGGGAGGUGGAGGUGGCGGUGUCCCCGGAAGGGGACGGCGGCGGCGGGGCCCGGGAGGGGGCCGCCAAGGCAAGGCUUAGAAAGACGGUAUCAAGGUUAACGAAGAGGGGACAGCAGUCGCCCCUGAAGAACCCACCUCCUCUGCUCGGGUGCUCUGCGUCUCCCAACGGGGUCUUGGUGGCCUCCUUGGAGUUCUGUCGGCCGGAAAGGAGCACUCGGAAGGCGGUGCAGAACACGGCGAGGAAGGGGACGCACUGCAGGGUGGUCCUAACGCCGAUGAUACCACCGGCGGCGGAACGCGCGGCGACCGUGACGGGUGGUCGGGAUUCUUCCUGGAAUUUUCCGCUGUCAUCGGGGGUGCUUUUGACGGAUUGGGCGUGGUACAUUCGAGCGGCUAUCCUGGGAGAUGCUGCGGUGGGUGAUUUCAUAUAA